AAUCGAGAUCUCAUUCAUUAAUUUCACAAUUAUCGAUGUCAUUUAGUUUUCAUUUGUGCAGCAGCAGCAGUAGACGUCUGCUGUAAAUCUAUUAUAUAAUCAUGAAGCUAUGAACAGAGGUACACGGACUUAAUGGGAUUAGACUGUCUUUUAAAGGAUAAUAACAGAAAUUAACAAUUCAUCGAAGGACAAAUCUAUCGAUCGACGAUUUCCAAUAUGGCGCUCAGCGUCUGUUCAUAGCAUUCAUUAGGUUUCAUGGCAAAAAUCGAACGCUUGUGAAAAAUGUCCUUCAUAAGAAGACAGCGGCAGUAGAUAUUAUGGACUCAGUUCUCUGGAUUUAUCACAUGUACUGGGAAAAAGGGAACACGGACUGCUGUUGACAUUUUUACAAAUACGCAUCCGCUCGGAUCGAUAAAGCUCAGAUGAAGAUGUUCUCUCUCUGUUCGUCUCAGAGUACAGGGUCUGACAAAAAUGACUGAUGUAAAUAUUGACCAAGUCGCUAUAACCGGACCAUGGCUGUGACUGCUAUUGACUUGCACUUGGAGGGAGCUAACACGGUUUAUUUCUCUGGACACAGAGUGAAGGGAGCACUAGUUGUCCAUAUCGGUGUGCCUAUUAUCAUUGCAGGAGUAGAAGUUCGAUUUAGGGGAGCAGCCCGCGCCAAAUGGAGUGAAAGUGUGCAGCGGGAAACAUAUAAAACGGACAUUGAACAUGAAAAGGAAGAAAUAUACUUUGACGAUAGGUUCUGUUUGUGGGGAAGAGUAAAUGAACAAAGCCGAUGGGAAGGAAGAGAGGUUCUACAGAGAGGGCGCCACAUGUUUCCAUUUCAAUAUAAAGUUCCGGAGGGAGUACCCUGUUCCUUUGAAGGUCCAGAUGCACAUGUUCGGUACACUGUUCAGGGGAUUAUUAUUCGGUACAACGGGGAAUGUAUCAGUACUCGGCGCACGAUUAACGUACUACGGGAAUUUGAUCCAAGUAGAGAGCCCGGUGAUUCAUCAGCUAACUCGACACCACAUCCUCUAGAGGACUACGCAGAAAAAGCAGUCCACACGGUUUGUUGCAGACCAGGUCACGUGUCUUGUUCUAUUACCCUGCCAAAACGGGCUUAUGUUUCCGGAGAAAAUCUGCGGACAGAAAUUGUUGUGCAUAACAUGUCUAUACGAAAAUCUGGUGCUGUCAGUCUUCAACUUAAGCAGAUCAUAUCAUAUGGAGGAGUUCAUACCCGGACACUGCUCCUAAAAGACCACAAGAUUUGUGAGAGUCUUCGUCCAGGGCAGCACAAAACCUGGCGAGACUACCCCCUCCGGAUCCCUUCCAUGUGUCCCUCCCGGCUCCACAUGUGUAAGGUGCUCGAUGUCCGGUACUGUAUUGCGGUUGAGGCAAGCUUUGCUGACUCUGUGCUUUACGCUGGGGUUCCUAUCAUAAUAGCCACUGUGCCCGAUCCACAUCUUGAAUUCUCAAAAAUCACAUACAAAGUCAGUGAACCUCCGCUUAUGACCGACAAAACUGUAACAGAGUGUUACAUUUAUGGAUGCACUAAAGCGGAAACGGAGGAAGAAGAUGUUAAACCAAAAUACAAAUACUUUGAGGACAUGAAAGAUCCGAGAAGAGAAAGGGACAUUUUAGUCAAACUACGCCAGAGCCCCGGAUUAAAACGCAGAAAAGAGAAAGAAAAGUUAAAGGCUGAAAAAGAAAGCAAAGAUCAAUCUAAGCAUCUGUUGAAGCUCAAGUCAGACGAAAUUGUUAUGGAAUCGCGUGCAUAGAAAAGAAAUUGCGAACCAGAAUGGGUGAAUGCAAAACCGCUCUUCAAUGCCAAAUGAUUGCUUUACUUGCCAAAGAUCCUUCUUAUUGCUUGGCAGAUGCUUGGUCAUCUGAGAUCUCGCUGUGCACAGUCUCUGCAUGCUGGACAUGCUAUUCUACAAUUUUACGACAUGUAUUUACACAUUAACACUAAAACCAUGGCCCUUUAACGGUCUUUCAUUCUGUACACUUGCUUUACAUCUUUGUUCAGAAAGAUUUUUAAUGCUUUAACCAUUAUUUUAGUUCUAAGGUAUAUUUCCCUGUAGAUUCAUGGACACACAUUUGCUGUUAAUGCAACGAAUCUCCAGAGAAAAUAAUCACAUUUUAUUUGACUCCAUCAAGUCCAAGUGUCUUAUUGUUGUACUGUAUGUGUCCCUGAUUAAGAUGUUUAAUGUUUUGUACACAUUUGUAAAAGAUUCCCUCUCUUUGAGACAAUCGCUGGGCGAUGUAUAGAACUAUUUUUGAUUCCAUUUAUUAAUUGUGAACCAGGUGUAAGUAAAGUGGACUACCUUGUUGUGAUUGUGACAUCUGUUGUGUGCUUGUGU